AUGGCCUCCGACUCCCCGCCCGACGCUCACCUCUCCGCCUCACAAAUGUCCUCAGGCUCCAGCGACGAAAGCCUCACGCCCCUCGAGCAAGAAGUGCUAGAUGAAUAUGCCAGGUUACUCGGAAACUUGAAUACGAUGUCCACCCUCCUCCUCACCCUCUCCAACGCCCCCAGCGCCGCCAUUCUCGACGGCCUGCGGGGCCUCGAACGCAAGACAUCACUUGUCUUCACACUGUUGAAAGCGAGUGUUUACUCGAUUGUGUUGAACCAGCAGAUUGAUACGGAUUUGGGUGAGGGCGUGGUGAGGGAGAGUGAGGGGUUGCAGAGGGAUGGGGGAAGAGGGGAAGGGAUUAUGGAUUUUGGGGAUGAGUAG